UUUUCACAGAGAUAUUGCAGGAUGUAUUAACGAAAGAGACAGUUAAAGGUCAUACGAAAAGGAAAAAGUAGAAGGGUAACCGAAUACACACAUAUCAAAAUGGCUAGAGAAAUCACUGACAUCAAGCAAUUCGUCGAAUUAGCAAGAAGAUCUGACGUUAAGACCGCUACCAUCAAGUCACACACCAUCGUCAAGUCUAACGGUAAGAAGGUCAACCAAACCAAGUUCAAGGUCAGAGGUACCAAGAACUUGUACACCUUGAUCGUUAACGACGAAGGUAAGGCCAAGAAGCUUGUCCAAGCUUUGCCACCAACCCUUAAGGUCACUCAAAUCUAA